AUGUCCCCCGAGCACGGUAUCUAUACGCCGCUACCACCGGACAAGAAUAGCACUAGACUUCUAACCCUCCUCCCUGGGUCUUUUGACGGUGAAAUUGCCUGCAACCUGGAGGUUCAUUCCAUCUCUGGCGACCAUGAAUACGAGGCUCUUUCUUAUACCUGGGGUGACGCUAAUGACCUGCGGCCCAUUCUCGUCAACGGAAAACACAUCAAUGUUACAUCGAACUUGAAGGUUGCUCUGCAGUAUCUACGCCACCCGUCUAAGCCCCGAGUCCUGUGGAUAGACGCUGUAUGCAUCAACCAGAACGAUAACCAGGAGAAACUGCUUCAAAUCCAACGCAUGGGUCGCAUCUUUUCCUCUGCAGCUUCUGUUGUUGCUUGGCUGGGGGAAUCCACUACAGCUGUGGAUCAAGUCUGGUCAACCAUAGCUCACAUAGGUGAGGGCAUCUGGACUGCUCGAGUAACUGGUGAGCACAAUCCAGAUACCGACUUUGCACCAGGCUUGGCUUCUCCGGAUGACUUGCGUCAGAAGGGAGUGGACGUGGACACCCUCGACUGGACCACCAUCUGGGAGUUAUGCGACCGGCCAUUCUGGCAUCGCGUUUGGAUAAUCCAGGAACUGGUUCUCGCUAGUAACUUCUGGGAAGACCCGACAAAGGGAUGCGUCCUUGGCUGCGGGUCAAACUGGAUGCCCUUCAUCUCCUUCAUAGGGUUCGAGUCACUGUUUGGAUUAACACGCGUAUAUCACGACCGGAUAAACGGCCUUUCCUUCGCAACACUACGGAAACUGCAAGAGACGAGGGGUUCUACAGCGGCCGAGAGAAUGCUUGAGGUCGUUCUCCAUUUAUCCGUCGGAUCUUCCGACGAUACCAGAACGAGCACACAGAGAUCACUAUCUCAUCUACUGCGACUUUCACGAGGCUUCCAGGCUACUGAUCCCCGUGACAAGCUCUAUGCUUUCCUGGGAAUUGCCGACAACCCAUUCACUACGCCAGACUAUACCCUGAGCGUGGAAGAUGUCUUCAAGAACUGGGUUAGGCGGUGCAUAAAACAAGAUGGCAACCUUGAUUGUCUACAUGGAAACAGAACAUCGAUCAACCAGCCCGGACCAUCCUGGCUUCCAGAUAUCUCGGGGUCGGCAAAGGACGGAUUAUCCUUCGAGGAGGAGCGAAUUCGAUAUGCCAGAUGCUCCGAGGGAAGGGAUAAUCGCAUUCAUUCAGAAGUGGCAUUUAUAGAGGACGGCAACGUGCUUAAAGCCAGAGGCGCCAGCCUUGGCAUUGUUGAACGUGUGGUUGGCCCUUUUUCUCAGCCGAGCGGCCCUAAGAGAGCACCAACCAUCGCACAAGACGAUUCACAGUUGACACAACCGAAAACAUCCAUGCAGGAGCUGCGGGAACUAAUGAGAUUUUAUUUGAGCCUACCAGAGCAUGCUCAAGAGGAAGCUUGGAGGGCAAUUGUCACAGAUAAGGACACGAGCAGCAAAAUGAAGCCAGUCUCUCCGGCGCCCGACAAUUUCCGCCGCCUCUGGCAUACACUUAUGGCCUUAUGCGGCGUAACUGAGGCAUCAGAGCCCUUGUCAAUGGAGGAUCUGGAGGGGAUCGACCAUCUGAUGGCCAGUCUUGCCACCGCUAUAUUCGUGGACCGGUCCUUUUUCGUGAUUCGAGAUCUUGUUUUUGGACUGGGGCCAUUCCUCACAAAGCCUGGCGAUGAAGUCGUCAUGUUGCGUGGGAGUCCUCUCUGCUUUGUUCUAAGGCCAGUUGGUGAACGGUACCGACUUGUUGGCGACGCCUAUGUUCAAGGCGUUAACCCUACAAGCUUCUCGAGCAAGCAUGGCAGUACGUCUGAAGUCAAGGAUUUCAUGAUUGAAUAG